UUGACAAGCAGAUCACCAGAGGCUGCAGCUAGUUGAGGUGCCAAUCCAGAUAGGGGCGGCACUGGGGCAGAGCUGAUUGGAGUCUGUCCCUUUCACAGCGAUCAAGGACACUGAUCGUCCUGCAAAUAACCUGGAGAUCCAAUAUUCAGCGCAGCGGGACACGGGGCAUAGAUACAGUAUCCCCGACAGCUUCUCCCUGGUGCAAGCAUUGCAGUCUGCAAGGACAUGAUGUAAAGUAGCAAACCGGAGGGGGGGAUAUUGGUCCCAACCUGGGGACACUUUGUAAUUUUGUGUUGCAAAAUUUCAACACAUUUUCAUGAGAACACACGCAUUUGUAAUCUUUGAUAAGGAGCACCCGGAGUUCGCUUUUAUGAAUGAGGUUCAACAUGUUGACCAGUAUAACCGAUGGGAUCAUGUGCUGCAUCACGGGCAGGGCGCUGAACGUGGUGGGAGCCAUCGACAGCGUGGAGUCCAGCGACGGCUAUGACUACAUCGAGGUGAAGCCAGGCCGGAUCCUGCGAGUCAAACACAUCGUGCCAGGCCGGAGCCCGGCAGAGCAGCAGGAGGAGAGCGUGGUGGCGGAGGAGGGAGGCGAGGGAGAGGAGAUGUCCGGUAAAGGGGUGGUGCACUGCAAGCGUAAGAUCUCUGUCUACCGCAACGGCCAGGUGGUGAUUGAGAACCUCGGCGAUGUGAUCCGCUCGGAGAUCCUGCACUGCCAGAAUGGCAACACCGAGCCUGGCAGCACAGUGGAGAUCGAGCUCUCCGACGCCAACGUCGCCUCACCCCGGGCCAACGGCACCAUCCAGGAGCAGGGCACAGUGAAGCGGCGCAAGCGCAAGCCGAAGAAGACGGUGGUGAUCGACUGCAAGAAGCGGAUCACCAGCUGCAAGGGGAGCCACUCGGACGUGGCGCUGUUCUUCAUCCACGGCGUCGGCGGCUCCCUGGACAUUUGGAAGGAGCAGCUGGACUUCUUUGGCAAGUUGGGAUACGAGGUGGUGGCCCCAGACCUUGCUGGGCAUGGCUCCAGCACCGCGCCAAAGAUCGGAGCUGCCUACACUUUCUAUGCCCUCGCUGAGGACAUGAGGGCCAUCUUUAGGCGCUACGGCAAGAAACGUAACAUCCUGAUCGGACACUCUUAUGGGGUCUCAUUCUGCACGUUUCUGGCUCACGAGUAUCCGGAUCAAGUACACAAGGUGGUGAUGAUCAAUGGAGGAGGUCCGACUGCGCUGGAACCCAGUUUGUGCUCCAUCUUCAACCUGCCCACCUGUGUCCUACACUGCCUCUCACCCUGUCUUGCGUGGAGCUUCCUCAAAGCGGCAUUUGCCCGACAGGGGGCGAAAGAGAAACAAUUGUUGAAGGAGGGGAAUGCUUUCAAGGUGACCUCCUUCGUGUUGCAGGCGAUGAUGAGUGGGCAGUACUGGCCCGAGGGUGAUGAGGUCUACCACGCUGAACUGACGGUGCCUGUUCUGCUAGUGCAUGGAAUGCAUGACAAGUUUGUCCCUGUGGAUGAAGACCAGCGAAUGGCUGAGAUCUUGCUGAUUGCGUUCCUGAAGGUCAUCGAUGAGGGGAGUCACAUGGUUAUGAUGGAGUGCCCGGAAACUGUGAACACAUUACUGCAUGAGUUCCUGCUUUGGGAACCAGAGAUUACUGCGACUGAACAAGUAGAGGCCAAACAGACAACAGAAAAUAAAUAAAGCAGCACAGACGGUAUAAUGAUUUAUCUUCGAACUUUGGGAAAAGUGCCGAUUGAGGGAAGCUGUCCGAGAUCCUAAAUGGUUUGAGGCUGUGUUGCUGCAGCCAUUUGAGGUGGUCAAGAAGAUUUAACUUGCGUCUGGGCCUUACCUGGGGUUCCACAUGACGACACAGAGAGUGAAAACCUGUACAAUGUAUAUUUCGAUUAACGGCAGCUAAAUGUGGUGGUUUUUAUCAUCAGUUGUGUAUUUUUUUUAACAAAACAAAUCACCACAUGAUCUGAAAACAGCAUGAACAGAAAGAGCAAAGGAUUCAGAUGGUGUAUUGUGGGAAGUAGAAGUUACCAAGUCUUAAGGAUUGUUUUGAGGUCUCUGAGAAUUGACAGUUGACAGUAAAGAGCCAUCCAAAGGUGUAAGGAAGGAUCAGGUUAUUUUGCAGUUGGCAGUCUGAGGCAAGGAUGGGCAGAUUGGGUGACCAGUGCUGGGAGGAGGCAGUGAUGACAUACCCUUGCUAACCAGAGAUUCCAAACAUAGAGCACCAUAAUACAGGCUAAGGUCAGGCACCUCGGACUGUUCAAUGGCCACAUUAAUUCAUAAGAUGUGUAGCUGCAAUUGGUGCAUACGUCCACAUUUGUAAUUGGCUGUUCCUCUAUUUGCAAUCUGAAGAGGGGGAAUGGAAGCAGGAAGAAUGAGGACAUUGUGGGCAUUGCCAGGUGAUUAUUCAUGCCACACUUGGGGUGGCAGGGUCACAUUUUAACACGUUUUAUUGAGAUUACACGUGUUCUUUGUUGUACAAUGCUUUCUGAAGUCUUCGACUAGCUUUGCUCUGGUUUUCUACUGGUCUGGCCACCUGCUUUGCUGUAGAAUUGGGUGAUACUUCACUCCCUCAUCCUAACUGUCCAAGAAUCUGUUUCUUCUGGAAACAGAGACUGAUUGAAUCCUGAGCAUUAAUAGACUUGUGCCACAAGACAAUCCUUGUAACAUGUUAUUGUGCAUUUUACACUGGUAAAUGCAAUGCACUGUUAUAUAAUAUACAGAAUGUUAGUUAUUUACAGUAUAAAUUCAGUGAGUAUUAUGUAACAUGGACUGUUAUUUAUAUUAUACAGAGAUAAUAAUAUGGAAUAUAUUGGUCCCCAAAGGUUCCACAUCAUACAUUGUUUUAUAAAAAAGAUGGAUUUACAGGAGGAAUUCUGAGAGCUAUUGAUACUAGAGGUUUAGUAAUUUUUAACAAUCUUUACUUAGCCCUUGAUUAGUUUCUAGCCUGUAACUUACUCUUGGAUAUCUGUUGUUCCAUAGAUAAGCCAGCACAUUCCUGCAAUCAGAUCAACUUGUAUCAACAUAGUUUUAGUCAGCCCGUUUGGACACAUGAUAACACACCUCCAGACAGAUGGGAGUUGAAGCCAGUCUUUCAGGUACUAAGAUAGAGACAGUACCACCAAACCACAACUCACUCCUGGCUAGAUAAUUUCCUAAUCAAGCAAGUACUUUCACACAUCUCUGGAGCAAGUGGGACUUGAAUCCAAACCUCUUGGCUCACAGAUAGAGUCAGAGACGUAUGGCAAGGA